UCUCUCUCCAUCUCUCUCUCUCUGCCCUCCUUUCUUUCCACGGCUCCACAAGUUGGAGGGGCAGCUGCCCAAAGACACCAUGCCACGCCACGGCACUCCGCGCUACGCCACGUAGGGGUGGAGCUCUUCUCACCCGUUCGGAGGGGCAGAGAGCAAGCACCUGCUCAGUCCAUGCCGCGUCGUGCUCUUCCUGAGUCCACUCGCUCAAAUCUCCCCUGACAUGACAGGAAUUCAGUGAGACGGUUAGCAUUAAUCGGUCUGUUGAGGACAAAAAGGAUAAUGUUGCAUCAGGACUGUAUGAAGACACCCCUGAGCCCUACGCAGUUCUUUGAGAAUGGUCGCCUGUGCUUCCCCUAUGGGGCCUGUGUGGAGGUGAAAGAGGUGCGGCCGGUCGACGGCCAGGCCGACAUGCAGCAGCUGCAGCAGCAGCAGGAGAAGAAGAAGCUGCUGUUUUCGCUGUGCGAGGUGUGCAACAUCCAGCUCAACUCGGCCGCCCAGGCCCAGGUCCACUACAACGGCAAGUCGCACCUGAAGCGCGUCAAGCAGCUGAACAACGGCGAGAUGCCGCCGGCGGUCAGCUCCGCGGCACCAGCCCUGUCCACCACACUCACGCUCAGCAGCAGCAAUAUCAGCAGCAGUGUUGGCACCAUUGGAAGCACAGGAAGCUCCUGCCAUAGCAACGCGCUUCCGGCGCUGGUGCGGACACCAUCGCUGAUGAUGCAGUCCACGCUGGACAUGAAGCCCUUCAUGCCCUUCCCCGUGGACGCCUCCUCGCCCGUGGGACUCUUCCCCAACUUCAACACGAUGGACCCCGUCCAGAAAGCUGUAAUCAACCACACAUUUGGAGUCUCCAUCCCUCCAAAGAAAAAGCAAGUGAUUUCUUGCAACAUCUGUCAACUUCGCUUCAACUCUGAUAGCCAAGCCGAGGCGCACUACAAAGGCAGUAAACAUGCCAAGAAGCUCAAAGCACAGGAGUCCACGAAACAUAAGCAGAAAAGUGCCGCAGCCGCUGCCCUGGACAGCGCAAAGACAAUCACCACCUCCUCCACCACCUCCACCACCUCCACCUCCGCUGUCACUGCCAGCAACUCUGACCAACCAGAGAAACUUGUGGAGUCCUCUAGUGCACAAAACCUAGCAUCUGUUCCUCCAAAAGCAUUUGUGCCCGCAUCCCCCUUGAUAGCGACGCCGACAGCCGCAGGAUGCGGCAAUGGCACAGCAAUGGUGGCAACGGCAGUGACCGGCUUCUUCAAGCCCGCUCUCGAACCAACGUCCGCCAGCUCUCCGUCAGAGACCGCUGCCGCGCAGGGACCCACUUCGCGGCGGCGUUCGCUGCUCUUCGCCCUAAAAGCCACGGCAUCAACGGCGGCCACGCCCACCGCCGCUGCAGAGCCCAGCACGGAGUCAGAGGAGGAGAAGGCCAAAAAGCUGCUCUACUGCUCCCUGUGCAAAGUGGCCGUCAACUCCCUCUCGCAGCUGGAGGCUCACAACACAGGUUCAAAGCACAAAACGAUGCUGGAGGCGAGAAGCGGAGCUGGCCCGAUUAAAGCCUAUCCCAGACCGGGAUCCAAACUUAAAACACAAGCCAGCACGGUCCUAAAGGGCUCGGGCUUACAGAACAAGACGUUCCACUGCGAAAUCUGUGAUGUCCAUGUCAACUCAGAAAUUCAACUUAAACAGCAUAUUUCCAGCAGGAGGCAUAAGGACCGAGUGGCAGGGAAGCCCCUGAAGCCCAAAUACAGCCCUUACAACAAGCAGCAGCGCAGCUCAACGGUCCUCGCGGCGAAGUUGGCUCUACAGAAGGACCUGGUGAAGCCCAUCUCCCCGGCCUUCAUCUCCAGCCCCUUCUGCCCGACCACAGUGCCGUCCAUUUCCCUGCACCCGCGGCCCAACACCUCCAUUUUUCAGACUGCCACCCUGCCCCCAUCCUUCCUGCGGGCUGCCCCAGGGCCCAUCCGUCCCACAACGGGAUCCAUCCUCUUCGCGCCAUAUUGAUCUCCCUUUUGACCCCCCCAGACAUACACAAACACACAGACACACACACACACACAGACACAAACACACACAUACAAUCACCAUACCCACUCCCACUUCAUCAAAGUGUCUGCUGGAACGCCAGUAGCAAUAUGGAGGAGAAACUGGCGCAAAGCAGAGAGAACUGCCUCUGUGACCUUCAUCUCAACACAGACAAACACACACACACACACAUAUACACACACACAAACACAUACACAUAGUCACACACAACUGCGCGGUGCACUGCAUAUCGGAUGUCCCCUCCACGCCACCUCUGCCUCUCCUCGCUGUCCGGCGACAGGACUGCGACAGCUGGAACAGCCGUGUAUUUAUUAAACCUGUUUCCCCCGUGACUGUCCGCAUCACCAUAAGCCCCGCCAGGUCAGCAUCCACUUGCCGAGGACUCUUCGUGUCGGAAAUCCUGCAGAGUACUACAAAAAAAAAAUCAAGAAAAGAAAAAGAAAAAAAGCACCGAACUGCUUCCUGAACGACUUGAAUUAUCAUGGUCUUCCUAUUCAAUUUAAUAGACAAACUCUGGAUACACGUAAAAAAAAAGUGUUGGAACAAGUCACAGAAAAGAAAAGCCCUUAUCAUGCGGGACAGUGCACAUUUUCAAUGGCUUGAUGUCGUCAGGGAGUGUGUAACACAGUUUUUGGCCUAUGUGCUGUCUUGUAUUGUGUUGUCAAUCACUUGUAGUUGAUGCUUCUCACCCCCCUUUUAGCAGUCUGGAUUCCGGACUUGUUCUGAUGUCGUGCUAUACUUCUCAUCCUAUGCCUCAGAAGAGAUCAAUAUGGAUAGCCAUACUUGUUCACCUGUUUACCAAACAAAGCAGACAGACAAAUGUUUUGUAACCAAGACAAAUCACACUCUACAGGUUUUUCUUUUAGUUUUUUUUCUCUCUCAGUGGUGAUGAAAUGGUUAUCAAAAGCUCUUUUCUAAAAAGAAAACGUGACGUUAAUGUUUCUCGUUGUCCAGCAGGAGAAUCAUGGGCCUUUCAUCUUACUGUUAUAUCCCUCAUUUCUAAUGAGGCUGCAUCGUUGGGCAGCUCUAGGAGGCAAUAAUGUACAGAACAUUGAAUAUUGUUAUUCUACAUAGUGUAUUUAAUGUUUACCUAAUGAGUUGCAAUACUAGUUGUAUUUUAUGAGAAUGGAAGGGGGGUGGGUGCUAAGAUAAAUAGCAACAAUUAUUUGUAUUUUUAGAAUUUGAGAGAGAAAUCCACAAUCACAGAGACAGAGACUUCUUUAUUAGACUGUGGAACAUCUCCGUAGUCCAUAGUAUAUAUGUGUGAGUCUGUACAGUCCAUAAGAAAUUAACAUUUUCAAUAAAAUAAUAUAUUUAAAUGAUUUGUUCCCAUAUUAUACUGUACAUUGCUUUUUCAUGAUUAAAAAAAUGCAUAUUUGAAUUAGAGAGCAAAGAUUUUAAAACAUAUAGUUUAUUAUAGGGCAGACCUGCUGAAGAUUAAAGGCAUGUUAAAUAAUAAAAAAAGAGUUAAUUUCGUAAAGGCUUCUGUGUGAGAUGUACAGUAUUUAUUUUCUGAAACAUUUUUUAUGAUGCAAUUGGUACAGGUAUUUCAUUCACUCUGCUUAGAGUUUGUGUGGGUUUUAUUUGUUUGUUAAAGUGUGUGUUUCUUUAUAUUAAAUCCCCUAGCGGUAUGCUCUUCUGUGUGAGUAUCUUAACUGUAAAGCCACGAGCUGUUCCAUCAUUCAAACUCGUCAAAAGCACUUUCCGACAGAAGGUAUGAACAGUAACUUGAGGGAUCGGUCCAGUCUGUGGUCCAGUCCACACACACACACACACAUGCGCACAAGUCAAAGGAGUCAAUGAAUGUUCUGUGUAAAAUCACAAGAAUAUGGUUAUUCAUUUUGUGUGGUUUCAGUUGGUGACACCUAAAAUAUACAGAAUACCGAGUAAUUCACGGUUUUCAAAACAGCUAUCAUUAUAUUAUGAUCCAGAGGGAACAUUUUUUUUCACUCAAUGAUGUUAGAAGUCUAAAGCAAUGGAAAGAUCACAUCAUCAUUACAUUUUUUGUCAGUCAAAUUAUUUAUUUUGAGUUUCAGAACGAUACAGUUGAUUGAUACGCUGAUGCAGUGUAGUUGACAUGUUUUUGAACCAUUAAAUGCAGCGACUGAUUCUUUA